AUGGUAUAUUUUUCUUUCAUGGCAAGAGCACAUUUUUAUUGGUAUUUUCAUAAUUCUGUUUCAGAUGAGAAGAAGCAGAUGGUUGCAAAUGUUGAGAAACAGCUCGAAGAAGCAAGGGAACUGCUUGAGCAGAUGGAACUUGAAGUUCGAGAGAUCCCACCUCAAAGCCGAGGAAUGUACAGCAGUAGGAUGAGAAGCUACAAACAAGAAAUGGGAAAACUUGAAGCUGAUUUUAAAAGGUCACGAAUCGCCUACAGUGAUGAGGUGCGGAAUGAGCUCCUAGGGGAUGACGGGAAUUCCUCAGAGAACCAGUUGAUAAAAUUACGUGAAGAGAGGGCACAUCUGCUCGAUAACACAGAGAGGCUGGAAAGGUCAUCUCGGAGACUAGAGGCUGGAUACCAAAUAGCAGUGGAAACCGAGCAGAUUGGACAGGAGAUGCUGGAAAACCUCAGUCACGACAGAGAGAAGAUCCAGCGUGCUCGGGAAAGGCUUAGAGAAACAGAUGCAAACCUGGGGAAGAGUUCCAGGAUUUUGACGGGAAUGUUGCGAAGGAUCAUCCAAAACCGGAUUCUGAUCGUCCUUCUGGCAGUCAUCAUCAUCUUCACCACCGUGAUGGCUAUUUUUUUUUCUGUCAGGGGACGCUGAUAUCUUUGUUCUUCACUAAACAUCAACAAACUGCUUGUUCUGAGUAAUUAAGACAAAGUGGUCACAUGAAUCAUUCUCUUGCACUGACAGAGUCUCCUUCUCUUUUCCACUCUUCAACUCAGGUGCAAGUGGUGUAAAAUAUUUUGUAUUAUUGAUGGCAUAGUUGGUGGCAUGUGGAGUUGAUUAUUUUUUUCUUACAUUUUUUGUUUUCAUCUGAGUGCUUUCAGAAUCUUAAUAUUUGUUGGGGUGAGGGCUUGGACUGGUAUAAAAAAAACUUAACACGUGUGAAUUCUACCCCAUACAAUUAGCCUGUAAGUUGCCAGAGUUUAGCGAGGGAAGAGGGGUCUUUGCACUUUUCUUGUGCCAUGCGGGGUGUAUGAAUAUCAAGCAGUAUCUGACCUCCUGUGAUACAGGAUAUAGGUAAAGCAGACACCAAAUGAUGUAGGAAGUGAACCUGUCUCCUGUGACUAACUUGCAAUCAUGAAUUAUCGUAAUAGACAUAACCUGAUUAAGAACAGUAAGUUAGUUUUAAAGAGAGAACAACCUCAGGAUGAUAUUUAACAUCUGAUGUGAAUCCAACACUAUUUAACAAUUUCUUUAAAAAUUAGGCUUUCUUUUCUGCUUAUUCAAAACAAUUCCACUUUCAUCAAGAUCGUGAUAAUGAAUCACUUACCCCAAUGGUAGUUUUGACCACAGCCCAUCUGUUGAAUUAGUUUUAAAUCUUCCAACGUUGAUAUAUGUACUGAUAAGCAUACACACUAGGCCCUUACUGAAGAUGUAUAAAGAUACUUAUCUAUUCAUUGCUGAUUGAAAAGAGAUCCUAAGUAAUAGUUCACUGACAAAUAUGUGAUUACAAUGCAUUGAACAAAAAUCUAGGUUUUUAACAUUGGCCUGACUAUGUUGAGACUGCAUGUUGGAAAUAUUUUUAGCAUAUUGAAUUCUGAAGUGUUAUUCCCCUUUUUUAAACAGAAACUGUAAAUAUGUUAAUUUAUACAUGCUUUUAGCUGAUAUAAUAUAUCAUAGUUUCAUCUACAUAAACGAGCUGUGUUUCUCUUUUCCUAUUGGCUGUGCUUCUCCUAUAGACAGGUCUAGGUCAUUUGGCUUAUAAUUAAGCUUACAACUCCAGCAAAGGUCUAUUUCUGGUGAUGUGGUGCAGUAAUUUUCAUGAUAACUUUUAAAUUCAUUAUAUGCAAUCCCUUACAAAUAUUACAAAUUGAGAGGGAUUGAGGGAUUUUAAGCCCUUGAACUUAAUCCAUAAAAUCUUUUCAGAAAGAUGUUCAAAGAAACAAAAAGCUGGUGGCUUUCAAACUCCCCCCCAAAUUAGGUAGGAACUGAGCACCAAAUUAUCAUGCGUGCCUUAGUACUUUUGGGGGAUUGGCAUCCCUGCAGUCUCUGAUGACUUGCUGUGCUGUCCCUGUGAGUUGAUUUUGGGAUAAACAUCUGAGAGUCGAUUUUGGCCCUAAAUAUGCCCCCCUGUUUUCUCUACAUGGAAACAAAUAGCUCAGCUAAAAGGAUGUUGGUACUGAUGCCACAGCUAAGACAUUGGAAGUUGAUGAUAAAUGCAGAAUAAAAGGAUCCGCAAGAAAACUAUUCAUUGAACAAAUGGAAGUGUGUAUGUUCAACUGUGGUUUCUGAGUUACAUGCAGCUUACAACUAAGUUCAGAAAUGGAUUCUGGUACAAAAGUUCCUGGAUAAUCCAGACGCACAUGUCUGGGAAGUGCUGCUCUCUGCAGAGCAGCUCAGUGAUGUUCAGCUCCUCACCUCAGUGGCCCUGCACUGUCAGGGCGCCAUGGGACCCCCCUCGCCACCUCCUUUCAUCCUCGCGAGGCGUGUGGCAUUUAUCGCAUGGCUUUUGGGCACGGAAAGAUUCGGGUGAGCAGUUUACAGUGUGGAGGCUGGCUGGCCUUCAAUCACAACGUGCACUCAAAUGAAGCACUUUGCGUUGUGUAAGCAAAGCUCUGGCCAUUAGCUUCGAGUGAUGGCACUGAGCUGAGUUCAGGCAAAUUAGGACAAAGCCUGGCAGCAUUAGAAAGUAUUUAUCCUCUCCUAAGCAAAUUAGGAGAUGCAUACUUUGUAAAGCAGAAAACUGUCAAGAAGGAAAUCUUAAGCUCCGUCUGUUGCCUAGACAUUCUCUGCAUUGCCUCAAUAAUUUAACUAUCAUGGGAAUUGAUUCAUGACUACUGAUCUUAACAGUGACCUAUGACUAGGUUUUGCCCUCUAUCUAGCCACCUGCUGGAAUCAGCAAAAAGCUGAAAGGAAGCUAGUUUUCCUUAUCCCAGUAUAAAUCUAGGGCAUAGUGUCACAUCAGAUACAUCCACUCAGAUGGGAAUGAGGGAGAGAGAGAGACUGCCACGCAAAGCCUUCAUCUUCACUUUUGAUGAACCCGCCAUCGCUAUGUUUCUCAUGAUAACCUGUUAAUAACUCCUCUGUGCCUGCUUUGCAUCCUCGUGUACUCCCCACAUGUAAAAUAGUGCUCGGGUGGACGUUACGCUCUUCAAAACACAAUGUUGCUUCUCUCUCUCCCCUUUUCCUCCGGCUCAGGAAGCGUGUGGGUGAGACGCACCAGAUCCACACUUUUUGGUGGGGAUUGAGUGACUUUGGCUGAGAGUGCAGCCCGAGUCACCCACAGGUAGGGUGACACCCCUGCGUCCAGCCUUCCCCUGAAAUAGUUUGGUCGCAUCUAUAGCGCAUCUGUGAAUGAAUCCAAGUGCUUACAAAUGUAAACCUCAAAGAGUGAAAUGUUUCUAAUGUUGCCAGCCUUUGUGGAGAAAUGACAAGUUAAAAAACACGCGCGUGGUGCUGUGUGCAAAAUUCAUCCUUGCUAAACAGCUGUGCUCGCAGAAUAAAUAAACUAAUUCUAUGCUGAUACAAAAUCAAAAGCAAUUUAAUUAAAGACUCUUAAGUUUUAAAGGGUUUUAAAUGCUAUACAUUUUGGGGAAAUAUCAGAAAAUGUAGCUUGACUGACGUCAGUUCCCAUCUCUGGGAUGGGAGGCCAUUUGCUAUUCUGUUUAAGGCAGGCUGGAUUGUCUUAUUUUGGAGCCAGCUUGGUGGGGGGUUUUCUUUGCUGCUGCUUCAGAGCUCUGAGCUUCAAAGGCUGAAAUUAAUGGUGAACAAAAUUGUGCGGCUCUGACCAUCCCAUGCGGGGCAAACCCAUCGAGGGUUAUCAUUAAGUAAAGAAAUAAAGAAAAAAAAAACCUGCCAGUUCCAAAAAAACCUCAUCAGAUAAUGACCUCUGUGAUUGGGUUUUCAUUACCAAACAGCAUCCAGAGAUUGUCUGCCCCAUAGAAG